CGACAAAAUUUUGUAUCGACAGUUCUCUUCUGUUGUAUUACUCUUUGAUGUUGACUGCUUAUGAGAUACAAAAUGAUAAAUUAACCAAUUGCUCAAUCUAUUCUCCUCUUCACCAGCUAACCUUAAAUAUUUAAUUAAUUUUUAUCACUCAUUAUUUAUGUCCUUAUUGAUUUUUAACCGUUAACUAUUUGUUACAUUCAACUGCAUUCAUCAAUGUGAUAGUUAUUAGGACUCCUGAUUCAGGAGCAAUGCCAACGAGUUACAAUAAUCUCCUCAAGAUCAACAGCUAACGCACAGCUGAUUUUGAUCAAAUCUCACUUACAAAACAACUCUGCUCCAUCAACCUCCUCUUCAUCUUCAUCAUCUUCAUCACUUGUACAAGUCAAAACAACAGUACACUUUAAAUGAUGUUUUCAGUAUUAAUGUUGAUUAUUUUACUAUUUUGAUUGUUCACAACACUAUUCCCAAUUAACCAGGCUAAAAAAUCAUUUGGUCGAUCAACCAAAAUCUCUGUAAAUUUCUUCAGUUGGUUUAUUUUGUAUACACUUGUUAAAAAUGAAUGUGAUGUCUAAUUUUAAGUUUAUUUUAAGUCUUGUAUCUUUUGUUGGCCUCUUAAUUAGUCAAGUAAUUUGUCGUGAUUUAGAUUUAAAUCUUCAAACAUUCAAAGAUCUAUCAACAUCAACAAAUUUACUCGUUCUUUUUUUGGUUCCAUGGUGUGGACCUUGUCUCAAUUACCAGCCUAAAUGGAAACAAUUGAUGAAAUAUUUCAAUGAUGAUCCAACAAAAUUUGAUUUACUGGUUGGACGUAUUGAUUGCUCUAAGGAGGUUGAAUUGUGUGAUGUUGAAAAUGUCAAUUUUUACCCAACUGUCCGACUUUACUCACCAACUCGUAAACGUCCGAUUGAAGCAAUUGAAUUGAAAGAUUUCAAUGUAAUUGAGGAGUUUCUCCGUAAAAAUAUCAAGCUUCGUGCUGAGAUUGAUUUUGCUAGUCUUAUGUCUACAGAGCGACUGGAUUCCGAUGAAUCAAGUGAACAUGUUUUAACUGAACCUGAUGAACCCGAGCCUGAUCGAGUCAGUGGAGUUUAUGAACUCAAUGAAGAUAAUUUGGAAAAAUUUCUGUCCAAGGGUCGCCAUUUUGUCAAAUUUUAUGCACCUUGGUGUGGUCACUGUCGCAACCUGGCUCCAACUUGGAAGCUUUUAGGUGACACCUUUCAAAAUGAUAAAUCAGUGUCCAUUUCAAUGGUUGACUGUGAAGCAUACUCUUUAGCUUGUCAAAAAUUUGAUAUCAACAGCUAUCCGACUUUAUUGUGGAUUGUUGAUGGGGAAAUAGUUGACAGAUAUAAUGGAAUGAGAUCGCACAAAGAUCUUAAGGCUUUUGUCAAUCGUAAAAAGAAGGAGGAUCAAUUGAAAUUAGAAAGACAAGGAACUGUCCGAAGUGAAGAUGUCAUCCACACCCUGACCAAUUCAAAUAUCAAUAAAGUUAUACGCCACGGAGUCACUUUUGUAAAAUUUUGGGUUCCUUGGUGUAGCCAUUGUAAAGCCUUAAGACCCGUUUGGAAUGAACUUUCACGCAAACUAUUGGGCAGAGUUAAAGUCGCUUCACUAGACUGUUCACAAUUUGAAGAUAUUUGUGAAAAAUAUCAAGUCAAUGGAUAUCCAACUUUAAUCAUUUUCAGAAAUGGCCGCGCUGUCAGUGAAUAUGAGCAAGAACGAUCUCUUGAUUCUCUCGUUGAUUAUGCCUUGUCUUUUGCCGACGAUUCUCGUGAUGAAUUAUAGCAAUCAAACGGAGGGAUAUUUCGAAAAAUAAUCCGGCUUCGAGCUUUAUCUUCUUUCAAAAAAGCGCUUCUUUACCUUGUCAGUUAACACUCAUCAGCUAACCAUAAUUUACAAUUGAACCUCACAAAAGCUAUCUCGUUUAUCCUGUCAUUUUCAAUGGAUUACAACAAAACUUCAUUGUUUAGACUACAACUCAACGAUAACCUAUUCACUCUCUCUAGUGACUCGUCUAAACUUGAAUUAAGAUUUAAUUCAUGCCAGGAAAACCAUUCAUCAUCUAAGCAGAUUUUACAAGAAAAAACAUCCAUCAAUCGAAAAAGCUUUUUGUACCAAAGAUCUCAUCUAAAAUAUACAUAACCCAUUUAUUUAUACAGCUAGGCAAAAAGCAAAUGCUAAAUAAAACCUCUUCAGUCCAUUAAAUAACAGAAUCACUUGAAA